CAUUUCCUGGUGUUAUUUAUGUUCUUGGGCUUUGCUUCUAGGAGUUUCUUGCUGCAGUUUAAUGGGUUUUUUUUUUUUUUUGUUUCCUUUGGGAGGAGGGAGGCAACUGUUCCUUCUUUUUUUAUAUCUGUGCAUAAAAAAAUUAUUCGUUAUUAAUUGUGAUAAAUUUUAUACAGGGGUAGGUGGAGGCUUUUAUAAGAAGAGGGGGCUUUCUGUCUACCUCCAAGGGAGGUUACAGAACCGGAGAGCAAAAGAGUUCGAUAGAUAUAUUGAUGGAUAUAUAGGUCCCCCACCAAGAGUUCUCUCUGUCUCCUAUCUACUAUUUCUACGGACUGCCUGGUUCGGAUCAGCCUCAGUGCACUUCCCUCCCACCGUUCCUCCCAUCAACAACAUCAUCGUAAUCCAAUUUACGAUAUCAUCAUGGCCUCUUCCAACAGACACUGGCCUAGCUUGUUCAAGUCCAAGCCUUGCAACACGCACCACCAAUGGCAGCACGACAUCAACCCAUCAUCCCUCUUAUCAGGUGGCUGCCAGAAGACUCCUUGCACAUCAGGAAUAGCAAUCCCAGGUUGUGAAGAGCGUAGCCCGGAGCCAAAGCCAAGGUGGAACCCGAAGCCGGAGCAGAUUCGCAUCUUGGAGGCCAUCUUCAACUCAGGCAUGGUGAACCCGCCACGCGACGAGAUUCGAAAGAUCCGAGUACAGCUUCAAGAGUACGGUCAGGUCGGCGAUGCCAACGUCUUCUACUGGUUCCAGAACCGCAAGUCCAGAAGCAAGCACAAGCAGCGCCACCUCCAGUCUUCCCGCCUUCAUCCCCGGUCGGCCACCACCGCAACCGCCGCUCCCUCUCCACCCACCACCGCAGCACCGGCCCCCACUGCCACCUCCUCAUCCUCCGACCGGUCUUCAGGGUCUGACAAGAUCGUCCCAUCAGUAACCUCGAUAGGUGGAUCCUCAGGCGUGACUGACAUGCCGGUGAGCACGCCGGUGGUGGUGAACCAGCCAUGUUUUCAUGUUCCGGUGGAGCUUGGUGGCGACCCUUUUUUCGUUCAGGUUCCACAAACCUACUGCUUCGGGCCGCAAGAGCUAGCUGGGAUUUUGGGUGCACCUGAGCAAGGAGCUGGCCUAUGCUCGGCUCUGUGGAGUGAGCUUAUGGGGCAGGUGGGAUGCAAGCUUGAUGAAGAUGAGGCUAAGACUAAGGCGCAAUUGCACCAUAGCUUUAGUGUUGGAGCUGCUACCGGUGCUACUGUUACUUGCGUUGGUGCUCCAGUGGCUGUUACUGGUGCUGCAACCAUAGUUGGUGCCGCUGAUUCUGCUAGUCCUGCUAGUCCUUUCAGUGAGGUACAAGGGUUGGGAGGGGCCGGAGGUGGUGGUGCGACGAGGGUGACGGUCUUCAUAAACGAGGUGGCGUUCGAGGUGGCGGCGGGCCCAUUCAACGUGAGGGAAGCGUUUGGGGAGGCGGCCCUCCUCCUCCACUCCUCCGGCCACCUAGUCCUCACCGACGAGCAGGGCGUCACCCUCCAGCCCCUUCAGCAUGGCGCUUCCUAUUACGUGGUUUAGAAGAAUCACAAGGAGCUGGGAAGAGAUUUGCCAAGUUGGUGAUUGCGCUUAUUAGUCUAAAGUUCUCUCUCUCUUUUUUUUUUUAAUUUUAAUUUCGCUGUAGUAUUCUCUCCUAAUAUGUUGUAGUUCUAUAGUUUUCCAUGGACAAAAUGGCCAUAAUGGCCUUCUUCACUAACGUUAUAUUUAUAUAUAUGCGGGUAAUGUGAUG